AUGGCUGGGGAUAACCGCACCACAGAGGUCACCGAAUUCAUUUUUGUGGGAUUAACAGAAAACCCAACACUUCAGAGCAUCCUCUUCACGUUCUUUCUAGCUGUUUAUAGCACCACGUUAGUGGGGAAUCUCAGCAUGAUCGUGUUGAUUAGCACCGAACCACGGCUUCGCACCCCCAUGUACUAUUUCCUCGGUAAUUUGUCUUUCCUGGACAUCUGUUAUUCCUCUGUCACUGCACCUAAGACACUCGUGGGGUUCCUAGAGAAGAGAAAAUCCAUUUCUCUGGCUGGCUGUGCAUCACAAUUAUAUCUUUUUUUAGCCCUGGGCACUACAGAAUGUUUCCUCCUGGCCGUGAUGGCCUAUGACCGGUAUGUGGCCAUCUGUAAUCCACUGCUCUACAUGAUCAUCAUGUCCCCUCGAGUCUGUGUCUCACUAGUAGCCGGGUCGUACGUAAUUGGCUUGUUGCAUUCUAUGGUCCACACGGGUUUCACAUUCAAUUUGUCCUUCUGUGGGUCUAAGGAGAUAAAUCAUUUUUUCUGUAGUAUUACAUCGUUGUUAUCGCUUUCAUGCUCCGAUACCCAUCUAAAUGAACUCCUGAUAUUUAACCUUGCCGGACUAAUUGAAAUCAUAACUAUUCUGUCCGUCUUGGUGUCUUAUAGUUAUAUCCUCAGCACCAUCUUCAGGAUCCGCUCCACACACAGGAGGUGGAAAACCUUCAGCACCUGCACCUCCCACCUGACGGCUGUCACCAUAUUCCAUGGGACAAUUCUCUCCUUGCAUUUCCGGCCCACAUCCAGCUAUUCCUUGGACCAAGAAAAAAUGGUCUCCGUGUUCUAUACGGUGGUGAUCCCCAUGCUAAACCCCCUCAUCUAUAGCCUCAGAAACCAAGAUGUCAAGGAUGCCCUGAAAGACUUAAUGAAGAAAAAAUUGUUUGCCAAUAAAUUGUUGAGCAUGAAAUAAAUGGCAGAGAAGAAUCACACCCCCAUCACGGAGUUCAUCCUCUCGGGAUUAACAGACCAGCCUGAGUUGCAGGUCCCCCUCUUUGUGAUAUUUCUAGCUAUGUACGUUAUGACUGUGUCUGGGAAUCUCAGUAUAUUGCUUUUAAUCAGUCUCGAUUCCCACCUCCACACACCUAUGUAUUUUUUCCUGGCCAGCCUGUCCUUCUUAGACAUCUGUUACUCUCCAGUCAUUUCCCCCAAGAUGCUGCAGGACUUCCUGUCGGAGACAAAGACCAUUUCUUACAACGGUUGUGCAGCACAAAUGUUUUUCUUUGGCGCCUUGGCGACCACCGAGUGCUUCCUGCUGGCAGUGAUGGCGUACGAUCGCUACGUGGCCAUCUGUAAGCCACUGCACUAUCGGGUGGUCAUGUCCUGUAGAGUCUGCAUGCUGCUGGUUUCCACUUCCUACGUGGGAGGCUUUGCUCAUUCCGCGGUACACACGGGUUUUGCUUUCACCCUGUCUUUCUGUGGCCCCAAUAAGAUCAACCACUUCUUCUGUGACAUCCCUCCGGUGAUAAAGCUCUCCUGCUCUGAUACCCAUCUCAAUGAGAUGGUGAUGUUCAUAGCCACCUUAUUCAUUUCUGGGUGCUCCAGUCUCACCAUUCUUGUCUCCUAUUCCUGUAUCCUGGUCACGAUCCUGCGCAUCCCCUCUGCCCAGGGCAGACGCAAAGCCUUCUCCACCUGUACCUCCCAUAUAACUUCGGUGUCCAUAUUUUAUGGAACGAUUCUAUUCAUAUACCUACAACCUGCCUUCAGUUCUUCCCAGCAGCAAGACCAGGUGGCUUCAGUGUUCUAUACUUUGGUGAUCCCCAUGCUCAACCCCCUGAUCUACAGCCUGAGAAAUAAGGAGGUGAAGGACGCCCUGCGGAGAACGAUGAGAAAAACAUUUUUCCAGUCUCUGUCAUUCCCAUUGCCAUGA